AUGGAUCAACCUUACGCACACUCCAGACGCAAGGCCAGGCCAACCAACAUUCCCGACUGGGCAGACAACAACUUCAUGCGGAUGUUCAACCGCCUUUGGCUGCCAUCCCAGGCCGACGACCUCCAGCACCCGCAGAAAACCAUCAUCAAGCGCGCCCUCGAGGGCUUCGCCACCGCAUCCAAGAUCGCCACACACAGCUACCCCCUCCCCAACGCCUUCAUCCCCCUCUGGAUGCCCUGGGACAGCUACCUCCUCCUCCAGCACAAGAUGGCAGACCCCCGCAACGACCCAGCCCUCCACCACAUGCUCACCCAAGACCUCUCCCACGACUACCACCGCCCAACCCAACUCCUCACCCUCCACAACGCCACCCCCCUCGAAACCAUCGCCACCCGCGCCCUCACCCACGCCCUCUUCGACGCCCUCAACCCCUUCUGCCUCGCCACCGGCGCCACCGGCCUCCCCGCCCGCCUCUUCGCCGGCGCCCGCCGCCCCAUCAUCCGCGACGCCCGCCACAACGCCCGGCUGCGCCUGCUCGCCGGCUCGAGCACCUGCCCCGUUCACGACUAUCCAGACGCGUGGUCGCUGUUCCGCAUGCCGGCGCUGGGGGUGUCGUAUGUGGGGCCGUACCGCAACGAGUGGUAUCCAGACGUGGUGGUGGAGGUGGCGGCGGCGGGCGGGGAGAAGGCGGAGGAGAUGGCCGAGCGCGCGCGGUGGUAUCUCGAGUGCGGUCGCGGGGAGACGCGGGUGGUGGUGGGGUUCGUGUGCGGGGGGGAGGGGUCGAGGUGGGGGCUGAGGGUGUGGAGGGCGCGGGGCGGCGGCGGCGGCGGCGUGGUGGAGGAUGAGGAGGAGGGGAUAGGGUUGGUGAGGGAUCGGGAGGGCGGUGUGGGGUUGGCGUCUGCGUUGCGGGAAUUGCUGCCGCCGAGGGCGGUGGAGGCGAUUGCGGAGUCGGAUUGUGGGGCGACGCGGGCGAUGCUGGAUAGGAGGGUGGAGAUUACUUGGGCGGCGAUUAUGAAGGGGUUUGAGGCGUGGGAGGAGGUGAGGGAGAGGGAGCGGGAAAGAGUGGAUGGGGAGAGGGAGAGGUUGUUGGUGGAGCAAAUGGAAAUGGAGGCGGAGAGAAUUUGGGACGAAGAUGCAGGUUAUGAAGACCGUUGA